CCCCAUCCAUUUUUUUUUCACAUCUCUCUUUGGAAGACAGGAUUCGAACCAUCUUUCCUAGUUUUGUAUUUUUCCUUUUUCCUUUGAUUUCUUAAGAGUAUGUGUUUCUUAUAUUUCUGGUUGGUUUGAAGUUUGUUGCAUAAAUUUUAAUUCAAACUCUUCUUGAUCUGGGUAUUUGCAGAAAAUUAUUUGUUCAUACUCUGGCAGAUUAAGCAAAUUAUUUGGCAAAUCACCAUUUUCAGAGAAGAACCUUAAAGUGAUCUUUAAUGAUUUUCCUGGAGGGCCAGAAAGUUUUGAGCUGAUGUCAAGAUUUUGCUACAACAAUGGAAAGAUUGAUAUAAAUCCUUCUAACAUUUCUUUGUUGCAUUCCACAGCUAAGUAUAUGGAAAUGAACAAUUCUGUGUCUGGUGGGCGUAAUUUACUGGAACAGACGGGGAAAUCACUUGAAGAGAUUGGUUAUUGGAGUUGGCCUGAGCUUUUGGUUGCUUUGAAUCAUUGCCAAGAUUUAAAUCCAGUGACCAAUUCUUCGGGGGUGCUUGAAAAAUGUUUGGAUUCCCUUGUUGGGAGGCUAUCUCUAACCAUUGAAGCAAGUCCUUGUGCUUCUAUUUCUUCCCCAGAUGGCUCAGGUUUUCGAAUUUCCAGUGACACCAGAAGCACGGAGAGUAUGAAGUACAGCAUAUCUCGAGCCAACUGGUGGUUUGAAGAUCUUUCUGCUUUGAGUUGUGCUUUGGUUGAAAUGGUGGUAAAAGCAAUGAUCUCUCGGAAAUAUGAUCAUGGCAUCAUCAGUCGGUUUCUCUUCUACUACCAGAAAUCAAAGUCUUACACUGCCCCACUUGAUGAGAAACUGAAAAUUUUAGAAACUGUAAUUGAUAUGCUCUAUGUUCUUGAUCAGAGCUCUAUUUCUUGCAAGAAUUUGUUUGGGAUUCUUCGAGUUGUUCUGAUUUUGAACAUAAGCAAAAGUAGCAGGAAGAAGUUGGAGAGUAUGAUAGGUUCUCGGCUGGAUCAAGCAACACUAGAUAAUUUGCUAGUUCCAUCUCCUUCUGGAACGAGUUACUUGUAUGAUGUGAACCUUGUUCUUAGGCUUUUGAAAGCAUUUCUUCGAGGAGGAGGCUGUCACAUAUGUCCAUUGCGAAUGAAGAAGGUUGGCGGCUUAAUAGAUUUGUACAUAGCAGAAGUAGCCCCCGAUCUUUGUCUCAAACCCUCAAAAUUUCUAGCUUUAGCCAUGACCUUACCGGAUUCCGCGAGAGAAACUUGUGACAAAUUUUAUCAUGCCAUGAACAUUUAUCUAGAGGUGCAUGCAGGAUUGUCCGAGGAAGAAAAGAUGCAGAUAUGUUAUGCACUGAACUAUGAGAAGCUCUCAGCUGAAGCUUGCAUACACCUUUCUCAGAAUGCAAAGUUUCCUUCAAAAAGUGCAGCACAAGCCCUCAUUUCCCAGCAAUCUAAGCUUAAGAGCUUAACAAAAGCCAUUAACAAUUCCAAGCCUUCCACAGACUUCCCUCAUAGUUUCAUUCCUGAAAUUAGAGGGAAAGGCAAGAAAGAAGCUGGUCAACAAAUUCUUCUAUACUCCAGCAAACUUGACUUCUCAGACAACAAUGAGAAGCUCAGAGCACAUUUGCAGGGGAUGCAAUGGAGGGUGAUGGAAUUGGAGAAAGUCUGCCAAAGAAUGCAUUCUCAGAUGGCGAAAAUCAUGAAAUCAAGAGUAUCAAGCCAUAGUAGUCCAAGAUCCUUGCCCAGGUUAUGUUCAUGACUGAAAUUUUUGUACAUUAUAUGAACGUUGAAUUUUAUAAAUUCUCAUUUAUGUA